UCAACAAUGCAGUUCCUAGCCUGGUUCAAUUUGCUGCUUCUCCUUCCUUGUUUCAGUACUACCAAAACCUGCUUCCCCGGCUGCCACUGUGAAGUGGAAAGCUUUGGUCUCUUUGACAGCUUUAGCUUGACCAAGGUGGACUGCAGUGGAAUAGGCUCACACAUUGUCCCUGUCCCAAUCCCUCUGGAUACCUCCUACUUGGAUCUAUCAUCAAACAAACUGGAAACAAUCAAUGAAUCAAUGCUGACUGGCCCUGGCUACACCACCUUGGUGAGCCUCGACCUGAGCUACAAUAAAAUUGCCAAAAUUUCCUCCACAACCUUCUCCAGGCUUCGGUACCUGGAGUCCUUGGAUCUGAGUCAUAACUCCCUGGAAGUCCUUCCAGAGGACUGUUUCUCCAGUUCUCCUCUGGGAGACAUAGAUUUGAGCAAUAACAAGCUUUUGGAUAUAGCUAUGGACAUUUUUGCUUCAAAAGGCCAAGGAAAACGCCUGAAUGUGGAUCUAUCCAAUAAUAUGCUCAGCACAAUUACGAGGCACCGUGAAAAGAGCAUCCCCAACAUCCAGAACUUAAAUCUUUCUGGAAACAGGCUAACGUCUGUGCCAAACCUUCAAGGCAUUCCUCUCCGAUACUUAAAUCUUGAUGGGAACCCUCUAGUCAAGAUUGAGAAAGGAGACUUCACGGGGCUGAAAGAUUUGAUUCAUUUAUCCCUCAUUGGCCUGCGUGGCUUUGUAGAAUUAUCUCCUUAUAGCUUCAAGGAACUACCAGCCCUCCAAGUUCUGGAUUUAUCCAGUAAUCCCAGCUUGAAGUCACUGACUGCUGAAGUUAUCUUUGGUCUGAACUCCCUACAAGAGCUCAACCUCUCUGGGACAGGCAUCUCAUCCUUGCCAAAGACGGUGUUGAAAUGCUUGCCUUCCAUCAAAAGCAUCACCUUGGGGAAGAACAUACAGUGUCUUAAGACCAUCAAAGAAGGACAGUACCACCGACAAAUUGGGCUGACCAAAAAAGAGGUCCUCAGUUGCCACGACAGCCACGGCUCCGUAGCAGCAGCACCUUACGUUUCGUGAUGAAAGCUGGGUAGAAGGGGUGAGGAAGGGAGGGACGGGGAGGGGGGGGCAUGGGAUUUGUACAGGUGUCGGACUGAGAUGGCUUGCAGUGUGCCUUUUGUAAAAAUGUCAAUAAUUUAUAUAUUUGUAUAUGCCAAUCCUUGAUUGUUUGUGAAUUUUAUAAACUCUCAAAGCCUGGCCCACCUCAUCUGCAGGCUCCAGAUUUUACCCGGUGCGUUGAGGUCCCGCACGCAGCCCGUUAGCUCCAGAGCAGCGAUGCUGGACAAGGGGGACCAAGCUGCUCUGCAGGUCCCAGGGCAGAACAGUCAGUCUGGAGCAAACCUUCAUCCCCCAGAAACAUUUGUAGUAGCAAAGCUACGUCUCUCCAGAGCACACACCAAAACGUACUGGCU